AUGAUCGACAAUAAGAGUGAUCAAGCCUUAUCUUCAUCGUCUCGUAAAGAUGAAUUCUUUCAUCAUCAGACUUCGGAGAGUAUGGAGGAAAAUAUAGAUGAUGAUUUAGAAAUGAGAGAAAUUAUGGAACAUUUGAAUGAAGAAGAUUCGGACGAGUUGGAGUUUAAUGAAAAUGCCGAGAAAUACAACCAUCAUGACGAAAAUUAUGAUCAUCAGUGUGAUGGAGAAGAAGAGGAGCAACCACAAAAUGGUGAAUUAAGAUUUGUUUGUGACACUACCAUUCCAGGAGUGGCCAAACACUUGAGAAUGCUUGGAGUCGACACUUUGCAUGACAACAAUUACAGCCAAAAUUACAUUCUCUAUCUGGCAAGAACUCAGAAAAGAAUGAUUCUAACCUUCAGUUUGAAAAUGCAGAAAAAAAUUCAUCAAAUUAGAAACAAUCUUGCAAAAAAGAGAGAACGACUCGAAGAAUUGAAAAAGCGAUUGCAAACAUUAAUUGACCAGGAAGAACAACAAGUUCAAAAUGGAAAUUCUGUCUCAAUUGUUGUUGACAAGAAUUGUCUCACCUAUGACAAGUGGAAAGAUACACGUGAAAAAUUGCAGACCCGAAUUGAACAAUAUGAAAUGGACUUAACAGAUUCCCUGUUGAGUUAUCAUUAUGAUUAUUACCUUUUACAAACCAAAGGAAGAUAUAAUCAAAUUUCAGAAGUGGUGAAUCAAUUCAAAAUCAAAUAUAUUCCUGAAAAGCUAUUCACUCGUUGUGCAUCAUGCAGUGGAACACUCAGAAAAAUUGAAAAUAAGGAAUCUGUAAAACAUUUAUUGGAACAAAAUACGUAUGAUGACAAUGAUCAUUAUUCCAUGUGCAAUCGGUGUCACCAAUUGUUUUGGGGAAUUCACAUUGAAAAUCCAACCCAAAGAGAAGCUGUAGAAAAAGCCAUUGCUUUUUGUAAGGAGUAUUCAUAUCACGACGAAGAGGAUGGAGUGACAUCAUCGGCAAGUAACAACAACGAUGACAACAAGGUAAUUGAAAAAGACAGCACAAGUACUGUCAUGACAUCUUCAUCAGACCAAGCAUCAACAACCACUGCAUGA